AUGGUCAGUUUAAGAGCUUCUCGAUCGCGCGUUGACAUGGGUCAGCAGUCAUCUCAGCCUCAAUUUCCACCGGCAGAAGCGUCUGCUAUGAAGGACCAAAGGAAGAGCAAGGGCAAGAGGGGCAAGUCAAGGAAGGGCAAAAGAAAGAGCGCUGAGAUGGAAAGAACCAUUGAUCAAGAGGAAGAAAGCGCACUUGCUUUGAUGCAUAUGAGGGAGGCUCCGAUUCAUGAUAGAAUGGGCCCGUACUACGAUGACAAGCAAGCAGCUUCAGCGCAGCUCAUGGCCGAAAGUUCCCCAUUUCGCCCUUCUACAGAUCCCUACCUUGAUGAUGCAGAGCCUGUACGGAAAUCCAAGAGUCGCGAGACAAACAAUAAGCGGCGCAUAAAGAAGCGAGGUCGGACUGAUGUCUUCGAAGUUGCUGGCAAUGAGGAGCGCUUCAAAGAAGCGGAGCAGUACCCGGACCUCCUAUCCACCCCCCCAAGGCAGAUUGACCGCUCCUUACCAUCACCAUAUCGUCCGAACAUCCCUCCGGCGAAUGUCCUUGAUGAAGUUCCUACUGACGACGAUGAUGUCGCUGCAUAUGAGGAAUACGCAAAGGACACCGCAAGUGCUGAUCCGCCUGGUAUCCCAGACCUUGAUAUGUUCAGCUUCUCGCAACAGCCACCGAACGCUUUUGACCAAGACAAGGUUGGAGAAGGCAUGCAUGCAACCUGUCACCUACCUACAAGUAUGUAUGCCUUGCCUCAGACCGCUGAGAAGCAAAAAAAAAAGAAGCGCAAGAGGCGCACGGACGAUGAGGAAGAUAACCAGCAAAUUUUUGCGCAAGGACAAGGCGAUAACAUGCCCAUUGAUCCUCAAUUACACAGCAUAAAUGUUCAUCCACCUUCGGCCGACUUGAGCAAUUCUAACGACGAAGAUCUCAACAACUCGCAGAAGAAUGGGGGAGAUUCUGGCAAGCAUGACUCUUCGCGAUCACGCAAACGUAGACGACUGGAAGAGCUGCAAGGCGCUAACACUACCGAUCUACCGUACAUGAGUCCUUAUGCAUUCCAACAAGACCAAGUAGACAGUCAAGACCAGAUCCUGCCUGGAUUUGAAGAUAUGCAAAGACAAUUAUCGCCUGUGCUCGGCUCCCCUUUCCCGGAUAGUGCUGCUGACGGAGAUCCUGAUUACUCAGACGAUGGAGUGCAAGCCAAGAAGAGCGCUCAUCGCAAGAAAAAGGGCGAAACGAAAAGAGCUAGACUCAAGAAGGAGCGUGAAGGUAGCCGAAAAGGCGAUGAGGUUGAGCGCCCAGUGAAAGACAAAGCGGAGAACGGUGGCGCGUUUUCAGCUGCGGAGGGCUUAAAGUUGGAUGCCUUUCGUGACAAUCAUUGCGAAGCCAACGACAUGACCACUUGGCAAUUCAAUAACUUGAUUCAAACUCCAAUGCGAGGGAAUGCUCAAGUCACAGCGCUCUUCAACGAGAUCCAUGACAUCCUGGCCUAUCGUCCCCGGAUGUCCGUUCAGAAAUUCUGUAGACGUCGAUUCCAUAACUUCUCACGCGGGGCGUGGAAUGCAGAAGAUGAUGAGAUGCUAAAGCAAGCGGUUGCAGAGAAAGGUAAAGCAUGGAAGGUGGUUGGCGAUUCGUUGGGCCGCAUGCCCGAAGACUGCCGGGAUCGAUGGCGAAACUACCUCGUCAACUCGGAACACCGCAACCGAGAGCAAUGGACAGAUGCGGAAGUUGUGAACCUGUGCACAGCAAUACUUGAAUGUAUGCAGCUUAUGAGAGAGGACCGGAUGCGCGCCAGAAAGGGGGUGGGAGAUGGGCCUGAGUCUGGGACCGAAUCGGAUCAAGAGGUUGAAGACAUGAAACACAUCAAUUGGCAGUCUGUCAGCGAUCGUAUGGGCGAACAUGGUGGGGGAAGAUCAAGGUUACAAUGCAGCUUCAAGUGGGGUCAGCUGAAGAAGCGGGAGCAAGCAGACUACCUGAAAGCCAUCAAGGAAUCACGAGAGAUCGAAAAGAAGAAGUCUACACCAGGAAAGAAUCCUUGGAGGAUGAUAUUGGCUUCCAAGAAGGUUGUCAACAUGAAGCUUGGAGAUAUACAUGCUUUCCUGCAGGCAGUUUUGGAUAGUGAUGUUCCUGAAGAGGGAAACAUUCCAUGGAAAUCCCUUGGAGAUGACGAGUUCCGAGCCACAUGGACUUCCACUGAUAAGAAAGCUGCGUGGUCAAGACUCAAGGAGCAAGUACCGGGAUCUGAAUCAAUGGAUUACCGCAGCGUAGCGAACGAAAUGCUUUCCCGGGUAAUGAACGGAGGCGCGGCUGCACUCAAUGAGAGAUGGGACCCUCAAUUGCAUGGAGAUGUGAGCGUGAAGGCUAGGAAGAAGAGGAAAACUAGCAAGAAAAAGGACAAGGGAAAGGGGAGGGAAGAGAUUGAGCCAACGAAUCGCUAUCUGCAGAGGAGCAACGAAUUCGUUUACAACAGCGAUGACGUGGACGGAGAUGCUGGAGAGCGGACAGGGCUGGGUGGUUUCGAGCCGCAGGGCUAUAAUCGUUACAACGGCCUACCGAUGGCUGAAUGUGAGGAUAGCGGGUUGAAUUCGAGUGAUAGGGCUGGGUGGAUUACUGCUAACGACAAGGACGAUAUUUUCAACGAUCGAAGGAACGUAGAUGGGAAUCUACCCAUGGCAGAUGGAGACGUGAGCCCAGAACUCGCAGGCCGAGUGCAAAUGCUCAACGCCUACGCCUAA